GAGAGGGCGGACAAAAAUCCGGAAAACGCUUUGGAACAAAAAGUAAACUCCGGAGAGACCGAAAGAAAACUGGCCCGUGGCUAGCAAAGAGCCAGAUUGCACAAGAAAAGCACAUCCACGUACUCCGAAAAAGGCCAUAGCGCCUCUGAACGACACCUCCAGCAUGCUCAUUCAAGACCGAAACGACACAGAUGCCAAUCACGCAGCCAAGCUGGACAAAGACACCUCAAAUGAGACUCAGUCGGAGCUGCGCGGAACCAAGGUCGCAGAUCAACCUCAGCAAAAGAAGAUGACUGCGCACACAAACGUGGCCCUGGCGGACGACCGCAAAGUUCCCGCCUCCAAGCCCCGAAGUCGGAAUUCUCACAAAGGGAAAAAGAUGGAAAAUAAAGCCUCGCAAAACAGGAAGGUUACAGACUUCUUCCCAAUCAGGAAAAGUAACAGGAAAACGAAAGGAGAGUUGAAGAAUGAAGAACACAAACACUUGGAUGACCUGAUAAAGAACGGCGUUGAAGAAGGACUGCAGGUGAGGGCGAUAGAAGGCAAAGGGCGGGGUGUAUUUGCCGAGCGCGGCUUCAAAAAGGGCGACUUUGUGGUGGAGUACCACGGUGACCUGCUUGAGCAGGCCGAGGCCAAACGGCGAGAGGCCCGCUACGCCCAAGACCCCCAGACGGGCUGUUACAUGUACUACUUCCAGUACCAGGCCAAGACCUACUGUGUGGACGCCACGCGGGAGACUGGUCGCCUGGGCCGGCUGAUCAACCACAGCAAGGCGGGCAACUGCCAGACCAAGCUACACGCCAUUGACGGCUCGCCUCACCUCAUCCUGGUGGCGUCCAGGGACAUCGAAGCGGCCGAGGAGCUGCUGUAUGACUAUGGUGACCGCAGCAAGGAGGCCAUCUUGGCUCAUCCCUGGCUCAAGCACUAAAAAAACAAAACCAAAAAAAAAGGACAAAAAAACACCACAGUCCUGGGAAACUAACUGGUGCUAAAAAUGCACAAUGAAUGACUUUUUUUUUUUUUUUUUU